AUGAGUGAAGAUUACCUAAUCCUACACAUCGAUAAGAAAUCAAGAAAACGAGGAACUGGUAUAGUUGACCAAGUCAUGGAAGAAAUCCGGAGAUCAAUCAGGGAUGAGCCACCGACCCACUACACAUUAGAGAUCCCAUCCUUUUCUUUACUUUCAAAAUCUUUGAUGGAGAGGUACGACUCUGGAGAUUUUGAAGCCGGAGGGAAACUGGGUUUGUACCCAAAUGGAGACAAGGCCAGGAAUGGGCAGGAUCAUAUCUCACUCUAUUUGGUGUUGUCGGAGACCAAUUCUCUUCCCCCAUCGUUUGAGGUCACUGCGUUAUUUAGGUUCUUUGUUUUCCAUCAGAUUCACGGCAAUUAUUUGACGUUGGAAGAUGCAAAUGGGAAAGGAAGGUGCUUUCUUUCCGUGACGAGAGAGUGGGGUUUUGCCCAGUUGAUUGAUCUUCAAACUUUUAAGGACCCCUCUAAUGGAUACCUUGUCAAUGACACUUGCUGUUUUGGAGUGGAGGUCUUCAUCUGUAAAGAGAGAAACAUAAGGAAAGGAGAACGUUUGUCAUUGAUAAGUCCAUCAGAUUUUCCCAAUUGCACUUGGAAGAUUGAGAACUUCUCAAAGUUGGAAGAGGAAUUUUAUCAUUCGGAUGAAUUCUGUGCUGCAGACCGUAAAUGUUAAACAAUGGUUCGUUGGCAAGCCUUCUGGCUGGGGU